AUGCUUCCCCAGACGCUCUUUCUGAUUGUUGCCGGACUCGCUUCUGCGAACCCCUUCGCCAUCCUCCCCGACACGCCCGACGACGAGGUCGCUGCGAUCCAGGGUGCCCGCAAGCGAUGGGCCAUCCUCCCCGACACUCCUGAGGACGAGGUUGCUGCCGUCCAGGCUGGCAAGAAGCGCUGGGCCAUCCUCCCCGACACCCCCGAGGACGAGGUUGCGGCCGUCCAGGCCGGCAAGCGCCAGCUCGGCGCCGUCGUGAACCUUCACCGCACCGUCAGCCACCACGGCAACGCCAAGCGCGACCCGCACCACGCUCUCACCCGCGACGCUGCCCUCUGUGACGUCCGUUACAACGAAGGCCGCAACGCGAAGCGCUUCAACGAGGAGCUCACCCGCCUCCAGAAGCGUGCCGGCGAGAUGGGCAUGGUCAACCACGAGUACGACAACCUGUACACCGGCGAGAUCUCGGUUGGUAACCCGGGCCAGAAGUUCAGCGUCGUCCUCGACACUGGCUCUGCCGACCUCUGGGUUCAGGAGUCGAACUGCACCAAGUGCCAGGGCUCCAAGUACGACCGCGCCCAGUCGUCGUCAUUCUCCGUCCCCGACGGCUCGCCCACCUUCCGCAUUAACUAUGGUUCUGGAUCGGUUACCGGCCGUCUCGGCCGUGACGACGUUUCGCUCGCGGGCUACCGCGUUGUGAAGCAGACCUUUGGUCUCAUUGACGAGGGCUCGCACAUCCUCGGCGACAACGGACAGGGCAUUCUCGGUCUUGCUUUCCAGUCCCUGUCCAACGCCAAGGUCACCCCCUGGUGGGUUACCAGCUCCACCAAGUGGCCGCAGCAGAUCUUUGCGUUCUACCUCCGCCGCUGGCGCCACGACGACGCUGCGACCGGCUCGGACGACGGCGGCAGGCUCACGCUCGGCUACCUCGACAACUCGCUGUACCAGGGCGACGUGCACUACGUCAAGCUCCUCGACAACCCGAAGUACUGGGCUGUGCCGAUGUCCAAGCUCUCUGUCGGCGGCCAGGACGUCGACCUCAGCGGCAAGCCCAACGUCGCCAUUGACACGGGCACGACGCACAUUCUCGGCCCAGAGGAGGUCGUGAACAAGAUCUACGAGAAGAUUCCCAACUCGCGCCCCUCGGCCUCGCACCGCCAGUACAUGGAGUACCCCUGCAACCAGACCGUGGACGACGUCAAGAUCACGUUCGGCGACUUUGAGCUGCAGAUGACCAACGCCGACUUCAACGCCGGCGAGGUCAAGGAGCGCCCCGGCUGGUGCCUGGGUACGUUCUACAUUGGCCGCCUCAGCAGCAACAACCCCGUCAACUGGAUUUUCGGCGCGUCAGCGCUCAAGAACGCCUACACCGUCUGCGACAACCAGAACCAGCAGGUCGGCUUCGCCAAGCUCGCCGACGGCCUCAACACCCCCGCCGACAGCACGGGCACGGCGAGCGGCGGCCAGCAGCUGCUCCCCUCCGACCUGCCUGCCGCGCAGCCGCUCGACGAGGCGCCGAUCCCCGACGAAGACCCGAACGCCGCCCACGACGUCGUGACGGACGAGCAAGCCUCGGCCGCACCCAGCCCCGAUCCCUCGUCCUCCGCCUCGCCUUCGCCCAGCAGCUCCCGCCGGCGCCUCGAGCGCCGCGGCCCCGAGCGCGAGCCCGAGCGAGAAGUCGGCCGCCCGCGGCCUGCUGCCCAGCCUCACCGCCCUCGCUGCGGCGGGUCUCGCCGCGCUCCUCCUCUAACCUGCGUCAAACCCCAUUGUCAAGUGUUCAUUCACCAAGAGUUCCGACUCAACCCCAUGCCAAUUUGUAUCCCGCCCUCCCGCGCCCCUCCCUGCACCCAUCUCUACCACCACCGCAUCUUUCCGCAGCCUAGCGAGGCUCAAGUGUAG